AUGACGAAACUUAACGAAAACGCCAGUCUGCUGUUGAGCGGUCGCGAUCCAGAGUCGGAGGAGGACGGUGAAACCGCCUCUGCCGAAGCAGUCCAAGACUCUGAUCAUGAAGGAGUGGAUAUGGAAGCCAGUCUACCUGCUAUCCUGGACUCUAAGACCACGGACAAAGCAGCGCCUAGGACAGGCGACGCUUUUUUACAAGAGCUCGCUCAAGAUCUCUCGGUCAGAGAGCAAACCUCCCCGCCAAUUCAUGAAAGUCUGGCGGGAAUUUUUAAGGGGCUUUUGUCAGAAAAGAUGCCCGAUGACAAGAUCAAGGCGAAGCUAGACAAAUAUACACGGCCCGAGAACAUCAAAGGCUUGAGAACGCCGAAGGUUAACCCACUAAUUUGGAGCCAGCUGUCCGCCACAAUGAAAGCACAAGAUGCUAGAUCUCAGAAAGGGCAAAAUGCUCUCAUCGGCUCCGUAAUAGCCAUGACCAAGGCUACCGAUUUGGUUCUUGCAAAGUACAGCCAGGAUAGAGAUCUGAUUACC